AUGUGUGCCGAGCGGCUGGGCCAGUUCGUGACCCUGGCUUUGGUAUUGGCCACCUUCGACCCGGCGCGGGGGACCGACGCCACCAACCCACCGGAGGGUCCCCAAGACAGGGGCUCCCAACAGAAAGGCCGCCUGUCCCUGCAGAACACAGCGGAAAUCCAACACUGUUUGGUCAACGCAGGCGAUGUGGGGUGUGGUGUGUUUGAAUGUUUCGAGAACAACUCUUGUGAGAUUCGAGGCUUACAUGGGAUUUGCAUGACUUUUCUGCACAACGCUGGAAAAUUUGAUGCCCAGGGCAAAUCAUUCAUCAAAGAUGCCUUGAAGUGUAAGGCCCACGCUCUGCGGCACAGAUUCGGCUGCAUAAGCCGGAAGUGCCCCGCCAUUAAGGAAAUGGUAUUCCAGUUACAACGGGAAUGCUACCUCAAACACGAUCUGUGCUCUGCCGCCCAGGAGAACACCCGGGUAAUGGCGGAGAUGAUUCACUUCAAGGACUUACUGCUGCACGAACCAUACGUGGACCUGGUGAACCUGCUGCUGACCUGCGGGGAGGAGGUGAAGGAGGCCAUCACCCAUAGCGUCCAGGCACAGUGCGAGCAGAACUGGGGAAGUCUGUGCUCUAUCUUGAGCUUCUGCACCUCAACCAUCCAGAGGCCCCCCACGAUGCCCCCUGAGCGCCAGCUCCAGGCGGACAGAGCCAAGUUCUCCAGGGCACACCACGGUGAGGCAGGUCACCAGCUCUCAGAGCCCAGUAGUCGGGAGACAGGCAGAGGUGCCAAGGGUGAGCGAGGUAGCAAAAGCCACCCAAACGCCCAUGCCCGGGGCCGAGCAGCUGGCCACGGGGGCCAGGGAACUUCUGGAAGCAGCGAGUGGGAGGAGGAACAGUCUGAGUAUUCCGAUAUCCGCAGGUGAAACGAAAGGCCUGGCCGGGAAAUCUUUCCUCCACGCCGUCCAUUUUCUUCUCUAUGGACAUUCCAAAACAUUUGCCAUUAAAGAGGGGGGAUGUCACACGCAGGAUUUGGUGGGGAUUGCGGACUUGAUGAAGGUGUGUGCUAGCGGGCCGAACAGGUGAGGCGGAGGCGGCCUAGGCCGCAGCGAGAUCUCGGCUGUGCCCGGGGGGGGGUUCCACACUUGCACAUCCCGAAGUGAGCGCCACGUGGCCUCCUUGCAACUUUGUCUUCUUUCCAUCCGUGGAGCCACUGGGCGGCGGCCUGCGGUUUACUCUGCUGUGGGGGAGGUGGGCCGGGGAAGGGCGGGGGUCGGCAGGCCCGCCGGACUGGACCGGGCACUCGGUGCUGUCUUGGCAGAGGGCGGGCUGGAUCCGGGUGCAGGAGGGAAUGUGAAAACCGCGCUGGGAGUCAGAAGGGUGGAGAGGAGACGGGGGCUGUGUGGGUGCUUGGUGCCAAACAGAAGUUCAGUUUCUUGCAUGGGACCUUGAGGUUUGGAGCUGCUGGGGACGGGGAGGGCAAGGGUUCUAAGUGUAAUUUCUGAGCCAUUGUUCUGUCUGGGGGACCAUGUCCGAGGGAGUGGUCCCUGUGUGUUUGUAUAUUAACCACUGCUUCGAAUCUCUAUUUCACUUUUUUAUUUAUCCAGUUACAUCUACAUACCUGUCAUCUAAAUAAAUGGCUUUCAAACAAAGCAACUGGGUCAUUAAAACCAGCUCAAAGGAAAAAGAAAUACAGCCCAUCUUUUGGGGCUGAUUUUUUUUCUCUUUUGAGUGCUCUUUUAAAAGGAAUCAAAGAGCAAUGAAGCCGUGCGUCUGCCUGCCCGGCGUGGGCUCGCAGCCACUCAGGGCAAACCACACCCCUGGAGGAAAAUGCACGCACGAGGAGUACAUUUGACAGAUUUUCCCUUAGCAUUUUGUUACCCCCACCUUGACCCUCAGCCAAGAUCAAUAAAGCCGCAUACCUGAUGCCAUGAGGUCAAGUCGGAAACGGGGCUUCUUGGUGUGUGGGAUGGAAAGGGGGAGAAGAGAGCGAAGAUGGCUGUGAUUUCCAGCAGGGAAGGCUGACCUUUUACAUAAAUGGAGGAGACCGCCAGGAAGCACUGAGGGACAGGAUUUUCCAGAUCCGGAUUGGGAAUGUAGCAACGAAGAAAGGAGUCCGAGUGGACAAAGGAAAGGCAGAGAGGAGGGACAGAACUAAAAAUCCAAGGCAAGGCGGGAGAGGACUGUAACAAAGGGUCAGCGGUGGGGUUCUUGUGGUUGGUCAGAAUGUUCCACAGAUAGGUCUUUUCUUUCUUGCCUGCUGGGUUGUCACAUUAAAGCUUCUCCUCUCUUGCAGCCAGUACUCAAACAGGAGGCCAGUAUUACAAGGAGUAGACAGGUGUUCUGGGCCAGUUCCUUCCAGAGCAGUGGUCAGCAAACUUUUUCUGUAAAGGUCCAGGUAGUAAAUUACACUAUUUUCCGUUGGGUGGGUCAUGUGGUUUCUGUCACAAGUACUCAACUGUGCCACUGCGGCAGGAAAGCAGGAAUACAUAGACAUGUGUCACCAACAGGCCUGGCUCCACGCCAGUAAAAUUGCAUUUAAUAGAUGCCCACCUGGAUCUGGCUCUUGGGCCUGAGUUUUCUGACCCCCAUUCUAGUGAGCUGGAAAAAAGUAAGCAUCCUCCAUUUGUAUCAGCUUAUAGUUUUCCCUCAAAGCAACCUGAGGCCAGAGAUAAAGAAGCUAAAUUUAUCUACUCUAAAAUAAUUUGUCCCAGGGAAUGCCCUUACCCAAAACCCAGCUAGUAUUUAUAUACCCCAAACCCAAUCUCAUCAGUGCCAGGACAUGGUGCUGGAAGGUCAGCUCCCCAGUCUUCCGUGAUCCACGUUAGAAAGAAACCAUUUGGGUGGGGGGUGGGGGGGACAAAAUGCUGGGAGAAACACCUAGAAAGCUAGAGCUGCAGAAAGCAGAAGAGAUGGUGCACUUAAUCCAGCUCUGCCCUCGGGGGGAGAAGGACCGGUGUGUCAGGCUCUGCCAUGGGAACCAAACGUAAACCAUGGCUGUCUCAUGCCAUGGGCCACUGCAGCAUGUUACUGUUUUACUUACAUCACUCAAAAGCUGAAGCAAUAACAUUCUCCCGCGUUGCUGGGUCAGCUGUUCAUUUGUUCGCCGGCUCCUGGGCUGGAUGUGUGAAAGGCAUCACUUUUAUAUUUUCCUCAGUGUAAAUGUUUUAUGUGUUCGCCUACUGAUGUCCCAUUUGUUGCUUCUAUUGUAAAUAUUUGUCAUUUGUAUUUAUUAUCUCAGUGUUUUCCCCCAAGACAUAAAAUUGCUUACUGUGUUCAUUUGAACCCCUUCACUGAUCUCUGUUGUGUAUUUUUCAUACCACUAGUGUGUUGCUUCUCAAAAGUCAGGUAGAUCGCAUUUCAUUCUGGUUCUUAAUGUUCUGAAGCAUACAAUAGUAUUUAUUGCGAAGAUUCUUUGGCUCAAAACGGAGUAAAGUCCAAAUUCCUGUAAGAGUUGACAGAGACACUUGUACAAUCUAAAAUGUAAGCAAAGUAGUCAUUAAAAAUAGACACUCGACUUGGGCUUCAUACUUCAUACAAAUUUACUCAUGAGCCUUCCUUUAAGGAAGGAUGUGGAUUUCCAAAUAAAGAUACGCUGUUUAUUUUGAGCUUUGCAUUUUAACAAGAUGAUCUGAACACCUCUCCUUUGUAUCAAUAAAUAGCCCUGUUAUUCUGAAAGGAGAGGACCAACCUAGUACAGCAAAAUGCUGACACCUGAAACCAAAUAAAUAGCAAACACCAGCUCAGAGCUGUAGCCAUACUUAGACACACACACACACACACACACACACACACAGAGAGAGAGAGAGAGAGAGAGAGAGAGAGAAAUUUAAACUUGAACCAAGUAAAAGGCUUUGCUAGAACAACAUGGAAAAACAAUGCUACCAGAGCCCAUUUCCUAAGGAAGAACAACCUCAUCUGAUCUCAGAAUUGGCACCACGUGAGCUUGUUAAGUCAUAAUGUCUGUUUCUGUUAUGGAUUUAGGCAGCAGGUCCUGAACAUUGUCACAUGGCAUUAUUUUUCUCCAUUCAUUAAUAAAGAUU